CAAAAGAAGAAGAAGGUCACUUCCUGUUAGUUUCCGGCUUAAGGGAAGAAAUGCCGGCAGAAAUUUCAACACCCUCUGAAUUAUUUGUUGCCAUUUACCGUGACUCCUUGUCGAGGCAAUUCGGGAGGUCGUCCACAAUACUACAUUUACCUCGACCAUGGACAUCCUUUUAUUCCUGCGACUAAGUUUGUUUGGACUUGCCACGAUUGCUCAAGCUCAAAGCUGCUCUAAACCUGUUGGAGGUGCCAACAUGGACUUGAAGGACACAGACAUUCUUACGGAAACUUUUCCCGACGGUGGCACGGCUACUUUUGCCUGUAAUGUGGGUUACACGCCGGCAGAAGGGGCUUCAACCAUCACUUGCAAAGCUGGAAACUGGAGUCCAGUUACGCUCAUAUGCGAAAGGAAGAGCUGUGGCUCCCUUGGAGACGUGGCAAAUGGAAAUAUUGAUUAUUCACAGGGGAAUCACUUUGGUGAUAGAAUCUCCGUCAGUUGCAACCCUGGUUACAUCUUGGUUGGCAAAGACUCCUUCAUAUGUGGAGAUAAAGGGUGGGAAGGCGGCCGCCUGCCGUAUUGCGAAGUGGUGGUGUGCCAGCCCCCGCCACAAUUAGCCAAUGGCUCGUUCAACCCUGAAUUAGAGAGCUAUAAAUAUGGACAACUUUUACAGUACAGCUGUAAAAAGGAUUAUACCCUCAACGGAUCCAAAAUCGUAGAAUGCUCACAUAAUAGUAAAUUCAAACCCGAUCCUCCAAAUUGUGUCAAGGUGAACUGUCGAGAACCUAUAGUAGCAAAGGCUGAAUGGGCAGCACGACCCCCCUAUGGAUACAGGGACAUGCUGACAUUUCAGUGCUUGGAAGGAUACACAAUGAUUGGAUCUGCCAGCAUCACGUGUGGCAUCAACAGCAGCUGGUCGCCACCGCCUCCCAGUUGUCUACCAAAACAAACGACCAUGACACCUUCUGACAAGAAGACACCGUCAUCACCAACCACCCCAACACCAAAAGGAAAUGGUGGGGACAGCUUGUGGAAGCCUGUGGGUAUCGCUCUUAUAGUCAUCAUUGUGCUCACGGUGGUUAUUGCUGCAUGCUAUCACUUCCGAGGAGCAUUCAUCAACAAAGAGAACAAACUUGGCUAUAGAAAGGGUCGCUCCAACAGCGUCGCUACCGCAGAUGAGGGAGUGGUGCUGUCCGUAAGGAGCUAGUAAGUUUGCUGAUCCUGUCGGCCCAACAUUGCUAGGAGGAAGAAGACUACGGACCUCAGCCCCAAGAGGACGACAAAUUCCGUAAAUUUGUCUGAACUCGCGCGUAUGUUUGGAUUACAUCUGAUGACACGUUCUUCACGCUUGAUAUUCAAACUGGAAGACGUUUUAGAAACAUUUGAUCCGAGAUGAUUGCAAAAUAUCCGCUUUCAAAACAACAGGACAUCCUUUACUGUAUUUUCCAGACUAUGGAGCGCACCGGUGUUUAAGCCACACCCACAAAAUUUUAAAAGAAUAAAAUAUGUUUACGUAUAUUAGCCGCACCGAACUACAAGACGCAGAUAUAUUGGUUAUUUACAUAGAAAUAUUCUGUAAAUGUUUAUUUGCAUACCUUAAUUGUUUCCUAACAGUGUCUGUAACACGGCAGUAAAACGGCUGAUCAAACAAAACAGAAGUCAUCAUCAUGGACCCACUAGCUGCGCAAGUUAGCUCUCCAAAUCAGGUAAACAGACUCAAUAACUCCAUGAUGACGUUUUGGUGGAUUUACUGAAAAAUUUGUGUAAAUGAAAAUAUACAAAAAGAAUGCCGUUUAGUUAAUACUAACAGACACUCGUAAAUAUGUUCGCAUAUCAGCUAAUGCUAACGACCGUAGCUUGAUUACUAUAGCACGUACAAUUAUGCAUGAAAACACUCCUACAGACAUCACACAUGGGACGCACUAGUAAGCAAGAAUUGUUUUAGUUAUAUUGCAAAACUUACCGAAGGAUGAAUAAAGAAUCGUUAUGAGCAGAAAUGCCGCGGACAAACAGGCACUUACGCUUCCGGGUGAAGGCACGAAACCCGCAGCACCUGCAGUGAGCUCGUCCAAAUGAUGGUGCCAUAACACAAACAAUAACAUACCCAUUCAGUAUCUCUUGUUGGUGUAAUAUGAAUACAAAACAAUAUGGCUUUGAGCAAAGAAAAAUCCAUUAAUUAGCCGCACCGUUUUAUAAGCCGCAGGAUUCAAAGCGAUGACAAAAGUGGCGGUUUUUAGUCUGGAAAAUACGAUAUAUUUUUUUCCUUUUUCUUCAAUAUUCCACAAUGAUUUUAGAUGAUUUGCCAGACAAAUGAUUUGGAACGCAGGCUGACACGUUCAGUUCUUGAAAAGAAGCAGUUCUUAACAAUAACCAUUCCUCAAAGAGAAACAGUUCUUAAUAAGAACUAGUCCUCAGAGAGAGCCAGUCCUCAAAGAAAACUAGUUCUUAAUGAGAGCCAGAACUAGUUCUAAAUGAGAGCCAGUCCUCAAAGAAAACGGGUUCUUAAUGAGAGCCAGAACUAGUUCUAAAUGAGACACAGUCCUCAAAGUAAACAAGUUCUUAAUGAGAGCCAAAACUACUUCUAAAUGAGAGCCAGUCCUCAAAGAAAACCAGUCCUCAACCUGUUUUCAACAAGAAGCAGAACUCAAAAGGAGAACCAGUUUUUGUGAUGACCAGGACUCAGAAGAGAAACCUGUUUUUGAUUGCAUCCCUAUAGAAGAUGUUGUAGCAUGAGAAGAAUUGAAAGAUUCUUCUUUUAAAAAGUGCCAAUGAUUGUCACACAUACACGAGGUGUGGCGAAAUUAUUCUCUGCAUUUGACCCAUCACCCUUGAUCACCCCCUGGGAGGUGAGGGGAGCAGUGGGCAGCAGCAGUGGCCGCGCCUGGGAAUCAUGUUUGGUGAUAUAACCCCCAAUUCCAACCCUUGAUGCUGAGUGGGGAGGUAAUGGGUCCCAUUUUUUAUAGUCUUUGGUAUGACUCGGCCGGGGUUUGAACUCACGACCUACCGAUCUCAGGGCAGACACUCUAACCACUAGGCCACUUUUAGUUCAUUUCCACUUUCAUUUGUCACAUUUUGUUGAACAGUUUUAAACUGGAAAAAUAAGUUUUCUAUUGCGCCUUCAAAUGAAUGUAAAAUUGUUAAUGAUGUAACAAACAUGCUUGCUCUUGAAUGACAACAUAUUGCACUGUACAUACUGUACAUACAGUACAUAUACUAUAUAGUGUCUGUACUGUACAUACAGUAUCCAGUUAAAAACUUGCUGAGCUGCACUUUUUCCAAACUAUUUAUUGUAUGAAAAGUUGUCACCACCAAUAAGUGUGCGUGCGCGUGUGGGUGUGUCGCUUUAGUUGUUGCUGCUUUGACAUUGCACUGUUCUAGCCAAAAGCCAAACAAUAAACAAAAUAAGUUGAA